GCACGGCCGCCCGCACCCGCCGCGGGGUCAGGCUCCUGCGGGCCCGGCUGGUGUUGAAUAGGCCAGAACCCAACAAGACCCUGAGUUUGUCAGCUCUUGCCCCUGUUCUUUGCCUCUCGUUUUGUUGGUGAAGAUAUCACAGUGAUGUCUGCAUUCAACCUGCUGCAUUUGGUGACAAAGAGCCAGCCAGUAGCCCUGCGAGCCUGUGGGCUUCCCUCAGGGUCAUGUAGGGAUAAAAAGAGCUGUAAGGUGGUCUUUUCCCAGCAGGAACUGAGGAAGCGGCUAACACCCCUGCAGUACCAUGUCACUCAGGAGAAAGGGACGGAAAGUGCCUUCGAAGGAGAAUAUACACAUCACAAAGAUCCUGGAAUAUAUAAAUGUGUUGUCUGUGGAACUCCAUUGUUCAAGUCAGAAACCAAAUUUGACUCUGGUUCAGGCUGGCCAUCAUUCCACGACGUGAUCAGUUCUGACGCAGUCACAUUCACAGACGACUUUUCCUACGGGAUGCACAGGGUGGAAACCAGCUGCUCUCAGUGUGGGGCUCACCUCGGGCACAUUUUUGACGACGGACCUCGUCCUACCGGCAAAAGAUACUGCAUAAAUUCGGCUUCCUUGUCUUUCACGCCUGCAGAUAGCAGCGGCGCCGAGGGAGGCAGCGCAUUGGGCAGCCCGGCCCAGGCAGACAAAACGGAGCUGUAGAGGGACGGAAAGUGAUGGCAGCAAGUGUGCUUAGUGCCCAGCUUUAUGAAAGCAAAUUCAGUGUCGCCUAUCUCAGAUGUAUUUUUUCAAAAAUAGAAGGGCAGUUUUAUGCUAUUAAUAUUUUUCUUCUUUUGCUUAAACAGAGGCCCUGGCCAUCAAUGCAUUUUGGUAUUGACUAGAUCGGGAACAGUUUAUAACUUUGGUGAACCUCGGAGAUAGCUUUGUGAAACUUCCUCACAAGCCACUUAAGUACCGUUUGGCAUUAUUCUCUUCGUCCACAUAGCUUCUUUUGAUAUAUAUAUAUUUCUUUCUCCUUGCUGAAGAGGCAGAAGGUGCUAGGUCUUCAAACAUGAAAAUCCAGGUCUCCUCUGCAAUGCAGAGACCAGGGCUCGGAAUGCAGGGUGUUGAGACCUGCAAGACACAUGGCCUGGAGGCAUUUGUGCAGAUCCACCUAAGAUAAGGAUGGAGUGAUAUCUUAUGAGACUUCUCUGCCUUGUGGGAAGUUUGAGCUAAGGUCAUUUAUUCUCACUAAAAGGGUGUGAAGGUCUAAAGUCUUUCCUUAUAUUAAAUUGUUGCCAGACCUGAGAGGGCGCACUGAGCGUUGUGGCAGAGAAGUAAACAUUACCUCAUGGUUAGGCCUUUUUUUUAUUUUUCAUUGAAAACAGUGGAAUGUAAGGCGACUGUAAAGUAUCGAGCCCCUUUUUGUCCAAAGUUCACAAAGAAGAACACCUGCCGAUGCCUUUUAUAAGUCUGUCCCUCCACUCUAACGCCAGCUGCAGCUGGAAGAGCGUUUGGUGAAUUCCCUGUGUGUAAUAAAAUAUUGGGUACAACCCGCUUCAUCAAGGCGGCAGAAGUAUGAGAGAGCAGAGAAGGCCGAGGAGGACGCCGCGGGUCCUUAGACAUCCCACGCUCUGCAGAAGAGCUGACAAGAUACUGCAAGUAACAAACAGAGCACAAAGGGAAGGGGCGGGAGGACCUUGUGCGCAGGGUCAGGUGACCUCUGGAAGGAUGUUGGUGGUUAAAACAGAAACAGCCAGGAGCUCAAGUCCCACCCUUGACACUAAUCUGCUGCGUGACCAGGGACAAGCUGUCUAGCCUCUUCAUGCCUGUUCGUUAUGUAUACACUUGGACUUACAAUAUUUGUGAAAUAAUUGACACUCUCAGGGGAAAAUUGCUAUAUUGCUAUACAGUUAAGAUCAGUGUUGUAGAAUUAAACUGAUCUGGUUCUAAUUGCCUCAGAGGCCAAAGCCCAGGCAUUUGAAAUGGAAAGAAGCAGAGAGGAGGCUGACUUAGCUGACUGGUAUGGAAACAGGUGGGCCAAGAGCCAGAAAUUUUUCUUUGUAGCAAUAUGGCUAGUUUUAACUCUAGGAAGCUCAGCUCGACUGCCAUGAAACAUUUAGUCUGGUGGGAUGGAUGUCAUUGUGCACUGCAAGGUUUUCAUAGCUCUGAGCAGUGCUGACACACUGCAGCCAGGUGUGAAGGUACGGUUUGUGACUGAUGUAUAUUGUGUUUGUAGCCUUGAAUGCUCAUCCUGAGAUGUAGUGUUUUUUUAAAUAAUAUUUUUGUAAAUCUUUGAAAGCUUAUAAAAAUGGACAUCUUUCCCUAUAAGCACCAAGACAAAAAAAAAAAAAAAAAAGAGGGACACUCGACAAUUUUAAAGAAAUAAUGAGAAACUAAAAUGGAAAGUUGUGACCAAUCAAAAUGUCAGUGUGGUCAUGUCCAUAUCCUUCUAUGUCUCUACAAACACCUCCUGAUGAGGUCCUGGCAUCCUGGUGACGCUUCAUUGUCAGGUGGCUACAUGCAGCUUAGGGAUUCCAGAUGCAUUAUGCUCUUCCUCCCUCGGCUCCCAGAUGUCUCACCUCAGGCGCUGGGGUCACUCUGCAAUGGGCAGGUGUCAGCCCCUCUAGAAAAGAGAUGGAAAAUUUAAGACCCUUGAAGCCUCAACAUUCAGACUAUCCUAGAAGUCUUUCCCGACCUCACGGAGCGAGUCCCAACGUUUCCCAGCGACCCAAGGAUCCCUAAAGAAGUGGGUCUCCCAGGAUGGUCCUGUCACAGCAUGCAGUCCGUCCCUCACAGGCUCACACAGCACAUCUCACAUGGCUCCAGCUCUGUGUGGCAGCCUGCCCCGCUGGACGCUAGCCACAGUGUUGGGUAGACAAGGAAGAUAACGAGGGCCUUCUCCUGCUCCCCAGAGACUCUGGAUUCUCAUUGUUCCUCCAGUUUUAUCGUAGGGCUUAACAUGCCCCUCAAAAAGCUCCUCUUCUAAUGCUUCAUAUAUGUUUCAAGGAAAGCCAGUUUUUCUUCUACCACAUUUUCCAGUGUCAACUUUAAGAAAAAUGCAACAUCCAUCGAAGAAAGAAAGUGGGGUGCAUGCAUGUGGUUUAAUUUCAGAUUGCUUUUGAGUUUAAGUGGUAUCAAAUUUCAGUAUACUUCUGUCUUAUGUUAAAGAAAUAUAUUACUAAAACGUAAGUGAGCAAUAAUGUCAGCUGCCGAGCACUAGAUUUAUUUUUGCAGGAUAUGGAGUGCAAUGAACUGAGUCAAUACGGCGAGGUGUAUGUGAUCUGUGGGAGUUAUGCCAUUUAACAUAGGAAAUGCAUGGGACUUUCCCUCUCUGCACUCCAGCCCUCGCUGUACCAUUAGGAGAUGCAGGUUUCUUUGGUGGUGUGUAAAAAGUACAUCCAUACACUCACGUAGACUGGAUCUGAAGAACGCAAUAGUAUAUAUUGUGUUAGAGGACAGUUCUGUGUGUUUAAACUUUUCGUAGAUGCAUUUAACUUCUUAAUACAAAUAAUAUAGCGAGUUGAAAGCCUUUCCAUGUUAACUGAAUUGAAAAUGCCUUGCUUUAAAUAUGGAAUAGGAUGAAAGGGACUAUCAUUUGUUCUGAAGGUCGAAUACUAUUUUUGCCUUAGAUAGCUUUGUAAUAACUUUUCUCCAAGCAAUUCAAGACUUUUGAAAAAUGACAUGAAAUUUUCAUCAAAAACCCUUUUCCUAUGUUUAUUGUAUACAGAAAUUAUGCAAUAAAAUCUCUUUCUAAAAA